AUGUGCCGACGGGGGGGAUUAUAAAGUUCGGAUAGGUAGAGAAACCACAACCAACUUUCGUCCUAUGUCCAUGUUUGCUUCUUCUCAUCUCCCAACUGCAACCACACCGCCAUAUACCCUCCAAGUAACAGCAACUCUCAUCAGACGCGUCGUCUGACCGCCUUAACUCCAAUUACACAGGAAAGCCGGCAUCCAUGGAUCACCCACAGGACCAGGCGCAUUACCGCUCCCUUAACGACCCUGAGAGUUUCUGGGGCCAUCAGGCUGAGCAACUAUACUGGCACAAGAAACCCUCAUCCGCCCUUCGCCGGACAACCAAAACUCUCAAGACGGGUGAUGCUCACGACCACUGGGAAUGGUUUCCGGACGGGGAGAUAUCAACAUGCUACAACUGUGUCGACCGUCACGUCCUCGCCGGCCGCGGUGAUUUUCCCGCCAUCCUCUACGACAGCCCUGUCACCAACACCAAGCAGCGCAUUACCUACAACCAACUCCUUGACGAGGUUGAGGUCUUUGCUGGCGUCCUGCGGGAGGAGGGUGUCAAGAAAGGGGAUGUCGUGCUUGUCUACAUGCCCAUGAUUCCCGCGGCUCUAAUCGGAAUCCUUGCCAUCAACCGCCUCGGUGCUAUCCAUGCCGUCGUAUUCGGAGGAUUCGCUGCUGGUGCACUCGCCCAACGCAUCGAGGCAUCGCGGCCUGUUGCCAUCCUCACGGCCUCAUGUGGCAUCGACGGCAACAAGCCACCCAUCCCGUACCGCGACUUCAUUGAGGAGGCUGUGCGCAUAUCGCCGUGGAAACCACCCAAGACUAUCAUCUGGCAGCGCGAGCAGCUCCUUUGGCGCCCUACCCGCAAGUUGGAGGGCGAGAGGAAGUGGCAGCACCUCGUCAAGAGUGCUAGAGCCCGUAAUAAGAAGGCCGAGUGUGUGCCCGUCAAAUCAACGGACCCUAUCUACAUCAUCUAUACCAGCGGCACAACCGGCCUGCCGAAAGGCGUGCUAAGAGAGGCCGGCGGCCACGCUGUUGGCUUGCACCUGUCAAUCUCCUACUUGUUUGGCAUCCAUGGGCCAGGCGAUGUGAUGGGCUGUUUCAGCGACAUUGGCUGGGUCGUCUCACACAGCUACACACUCUACGGGCCUCUCCUCACCGGUGCCGCCACGGUUCUAUACGAGGGCAAGCCCGUCGGUACCCCCGACGCAUCCGCUUUUUGGCGCCUGGUCGAGGAGUACAAAAUCAACACCAUGUUCACGGCGCCAACCGCCCUGCGUGCCAUUCGCAAGGAUGAUCCAGGAAACUUGCACUUCACGCGCAUCGGAGACCGCGGCGGGUUGAGGAGCCUCAAAGCUCUAUUCCUCGCCGGUGAAAGAUCAGAGCCGGCUAUCAUCACCAUGUAUCAGGACUUGCUCAAGAAAUACGCGGCCGAGGACGCGAACGUGAUCGACAACUGGUGGUCAUCAGAGUCCGGCUCGCCAAUCUCUGGAAUAGCCCUAGUGCCUCACGCUGGCAAGUGUCGGCGGACGGGCAUGAAAGAGAAACAGCCGCCCCUGGACAUCAAGCCUGGGAGUGCAGGCAAGGCGAUGCCCGGGUUCGACGUGAGGGUUGUCGACGACGAAGGCCACGAAAUCAAACGCGGCAAGAUGGGCAACAUCGUCUUAGCUCUCCCGCUGGCUCCUACUGCCUUCCGUACGCUCUGGGAGGACGAAGAGCGGUUCUACAAGGGAUACCUGAAGCGAUUUAGUGGUAAAUGGAUCGAUACCGGUGAUGCCGGGUGGAUCGACGAGAAGGGCUACAUCCACAUCAUGGCACGAACAGACGACAUAAUCAACGUCGCCGCCCACCGCCUCAGCACCGGCGCCCUCGAGCAGGCCAUCACCUCCCACCCGCUCGUAACCGAGGCCUGUGUCGUCGGCAUCCCCGACGCCCUCAAGGGCCAGAUGCCCUUCGCCUUUGUCGUCACCACCACCUCCCCACCACCCGGCGGCACCCCGCCAGCCGAAGGAGACGACGCCCAGCUCUUCGCCGAGAUCCAGAAGCUCGUGCGCUCGCAGGUCGGCCCCAUCGCCAGCCUGGGCGGCAUGAUCCGCGGCAAGGGCAUGAUCCCCAAGACGCGCUCGGGCAAGACCCUGCGCAGGGUGCUCCGGGAGCUGCUCGAGAAUGGCGUGCAUGGGGAGUUUGACCGCGAGGUGGCCGUGCCGUCGACUGUUGAGGAUGCGGCGGUGGUGGGGGUUGCGCGGGAGGCGGUUAGGGGGUAUUUUGGGGGGCUGGGAGGGGGUGGGAGGCAUGCGGCUGUUGAGGGGAGGGCGAAGCUUUGA